AUUUUGUGAGUGUGUGCUGGAUCGGGAUAUUUGUGUUAAGAAGCUUUUCCAGUAAAACCGAAUGAUUUAGUUUACGGGACGGACUCGCUUUACUUUUAUUACAUGUGCUAAGAGUGCGGGCUAUCCGUAGACUUCAUACGUAGAUUUGUACGAUGGAGGAAAAGGCGUCGUUGAAGGAACUCGAUCAGUGGAUAGAACAAUUAAAUAACUGCCAACAACUAACAGAAAGCCAAGUAAAAUCUCUGUGCGAGAAGGCAAAAGAAAUUUUAGCUAAAGAAUCUAACGUACAAGAAGUAAAAUGUCCUGUAACGGUAUGUGGAGAUGUACAUGGACAAUUCCAUGAUUUAAUGGAAUUGUUCAGAAUAGGAGGCAAGUCUCCAGAUACAAAUUACCUUUUUAUGGGUGACUAUGUAGACCGUGGUUAUUAUUCUGUUGAAACUGUUACCUUACUUGUUGCGCUCAAGGUCAGAUAUAGAGAAAGAAUAACUAUUUUAAGAGGUAAUCAUGAAUCAAGGCAAAUCACACAGGUAUAUGGGUUUUAUGACGAAUGUUUACGUAAAUAUGGCAAUGCCAAUGUAUGGAAGUUCUUCACGGAUCUAUUUGAUUAUUUACCAUUAACUGCUCUGGUAGAUGGUCAAAUAUUUUGUUUACAUGGUGGUUUAUCACCUUCGAUCGAUACUUUAGAUCAUAUACGUGCUCUAGACCGUCUUCAAGAAGUACCACACGAAGGACCCAUGUGUGAUCUUUUGUGGUCAGAUCCAGAUGACAGAGGAGGAUGGGGUAUUUCUCCUCGAGGAGCAGGGUAUACUUUCGGACAAGAUAUUUCAGAAACUUUUAAUCAUUCUAAUGGCCUGACAUUAGUAUCACGAGCACAUCAAUUAGUUAUGGAGGGUUAUAAUUGGUGUCAUGAUCGUAAUGUUGUAACAAUAUUCUCAGCUCCCAAUUACUGCUAUCGUUGUGGAAAUCAAGCUGCAAUUAUGGAAUUAGAUGACGCUUUAAAAUAUUCAUUCCUUCAAUUUGAUCCAGCUCCAAGGCGCGGUGAGCCGCAUGUUACUAGGCGGACACCAGAUUAUUUCUUGUAAACAAUCAAAACCCCUGAGUUAUCUAUUAAGGUAGGGGUACAGAAAUGAUUCAGGCUUCAUAGCAAUGCCACUGAACAUAAUUUAUGAUAGAACAUCAAUAAAGUGUGAGGUUGCAGCUAUCCUUACACAUUACAUUAUAGUCUCAAGUAUUAUAUCAUGACUCUUUGUGGUGUCUUGUUGAGAGAUGGCACACAACCGAGUAUUUUGCGCGUGUCCCACACCAUUCAUGUAGACACAACAUUAAAUGUAUACAAAUAGAAAAAAAAAACAAACAAUAA